UCGUAAACAUCAUAGUACUGUCGCUCCGUAAACUUUUCCAAAAAUAAAUAGUAUUUAGCUGCAGUUCUCACGAAAACUUACUUUUAAUUGACAAUCUAAGUGAAAAUAAAGUGGUGGAAAUAGUAGUUGUCGUGCAAACAUUGAAAUCUACACAAAUAAGUGAAAGAAAACUGUGUGAUUUUUUGAGGUUAAGUUUCUAAGCAUAGACAAACGGAUGCUUGAACUGUCAGUGACGAAUAACCGCCCUAGUGUCAUCUCGAGUGUUGCCAGCAAUUAAAAUCGGCUUACCCCAUUACUACCAUUACGUUCCAUUCUAAGCAAACAAAAAUAAAUACAAACAUGGAAGCCCAGUUUGAACUCUAUUUCGAAAAAAUGCAAAAAGAGAUGCACGCUCAAACUGAAGUUAUUACCACGAGAAUAACGGAAACUAUCGACACUAAAUUAAAGCCGUUAAUAGAAGAGAAUGAUAAAUUAAAGAAAAAAGUUGAUCUGUUAGAAAAAAAAGUGGAAUUCAUGGAGAAAGAGAAGAAAAGUAACAAUAUAAUAAUACACGGGCUAUGCGAAAGCGAAAAAUCUACAACUGAGCUAAUAAAUCAUGUACAAGAAAAGUUCCUGACGGAGUUAAAUAUAUCAUUAGAAGCUCUCGACAUUAACAAAAUGUAUCGCAUCGGUAAAAAUAAGAAAGACGAUAAACCAAGGCCAACACUCCUAUCUUUUGUGAGUGGAUGGAAAAAGACAGAAAUAAUGAGGAAUAAGAAUAAAUCUAAAGAACUAAAGCUCACGGAAGAUCAUUCCAAAGACAUUUUAGAAAGAAGGAAGGCAUUAAUGCCACAAUUAAUGGAAGAGAGGAAUAAAGGCAAUAUUGCGUACAUUAAGUAUGAUAAAUUGAUAGUGAAAGAAGCUACUAACACAAAAGAAAACAGGAAGAGGGAACUAUCAAUUUCCCCAUCAAAUAAUUCGCAGCCAAAAAAACAGCAAACCGCUACCCCACCAAUUAAUAAAAAAACAAACGCAUUCGACCUGAUGAGAGCUAGAUCUAGCUCAAAUUCCAGUGAAUAUAUGAGGCAGCGGUCAUCAAAUGAGCCGGACAAUUCAUCAUAGCAACUACCACCAACAACCAAAACAUCAGGUCCCAACCCGGCUGGUCCCCGUGGGACGUCAGACCACCACCCUCCAGCAAGUCUAAAACUAAAACUACAAACAACCAAAAUUAAAAAUAACAAUAUAUUCAAAAAUUCUCAUAGCAGUGAAUCAAAAAGUGCAGAACACAACCAUGAAAACCAAUUGAACAUAAUAACCUAUAACGUCAGGACUCUCUCAUCCUAUGAACGCUUUAUAGAAUUAACUGAAGUUAUGAAAUCAGUGAAAUGUGAUAUAAUGGGAAUAUCAGAAAUGAGGCGCCUUGGGACUAAUAUAGAAGAACACAAAGACCACAUACUAUGCUACACAGGCCAGACACCCGGCAGGUAUGGAGUGGGGUUCGUAUUAAGGAAAUCUAUGAAGCCAUAUAUAGAAAGCUACACCGGACUUACAGAACGGGUAGCUAGACUGAACCUUAACUUUAUGGGAAAAAAUUCUCAGUAAUACAAGUAUAUGCACCUACAGAGUCUGCCAAAGAAGAAGAGAUUACACUUUUCUAUGAAACAAUUAUUCAAGCAAUAGAAGAUGCACAUAAGGACUAUAUUUUAAUGGGCGACUUCAAUGCGAAGAUAGGCCAACCAAAGCAAAGCGAAUACCUGAUAAUGAAAUGUUAUGGCUAUGGAGAUAGGAAUAACCGAGGCCAGAAACUCAUCGACUUUGCAACAGAAAACAAACUAUCCAUAUUAAACACCUUCUACAAGAAAAAAACAAACCGCAGAUGGACAUGGUGCUCACCCAACAAGGAACAUAAAAACGAAAUAGACUUUAUCUUAUCCAACCGCCCAGAUUUAUUCCAAAAUAUAGAAGUCUUGAACAUCGACUAUCCGUCAGACCACAGACCAGUACGAGCAACAAUACUCUUUAAAAAUAUUUAAAAAAGUAGAGCAAACUACAAGAACAAUCAAAUAGCAACAUUAAAGAAAGAAAGUGAAGUACACAUAUUUAGAGAGCGACUUACGUCCCAUAUAGCAAACCAACCGAACCAGCAUAAAGAUAUAAGUGUACAAACUCAGUACAACAUAAUCAUCAACACAAUCACUGAAAGCUUACGAGAAGCACUUACAACAAAUUCCGAACCGAAAAUGAAUCAAAUACUAUCCCCACGUACCAUACAACUAAUGAACCGAAGAAGAGAACUACAUAAAAUAAAAAACAGAUCCCGGAGUGAAAAGAACGAACUUGCAGCCUUAUAUAAACUAAUUAAUAAAUACAUCAGGAUUGACUAUGCUAAGCACAGACAAAAUACAAUAACAAAACACUUAGAGCAGUCAGGAAGCAC